AUAGCAAGUGGAAAGCCAUUUCUCGGUGGCUAUUUCAAGUUUCUAAUUUGUAUAUGAGUAUUAGUUGACCAAAGGGUGAGAUCUGUGAGAACUUUGAAGUUCUUUUAUAGUUUGCCUCUUCAGGACAUGAAAUACUGAAACAAUUAUCUGAUAUUUUUGAUAUAAGUGGAGCCACUCUCAACUUCAAUUUCAAUUUCUUAAGUGUACUGAUGAUUUCCCGGCGUAGGUCGUGACUUUCCACCUCCAGCUACUUUAGCAGUUUUACGGUGACAGAGCUAUAACUCAAGGCAGUUAGAUUAUAGUUACCAUAAUCGUGUGAAAGACACCAAUUAGCGAUAGUUUUCAAUUUCAACAAUUGAGAUGGAGGUUGUCGAGACAUGUGGAAAAGGAAGUCUUUCUUCUGCAGAGCCAUCCACAAAACAUAGUUUUCCAUCAACUGAUGAGGAAGUUGUGGGAUUUGUGAAAGAUGCAGAAAGUAUAAUGAAGAAAUUGACUGGUGGAACAAAGGAGCUAGAUGUUAUCUCAAUCUUUGGAAUGCCAGGUCUCGGAAAAACAACUUUGGCCAAGAAAGUGUACGACAAUCCUUCUAUAGUUAAUUACUUUGAUGUUAAAGCUUGGUUUUCUGUUUCGCAAGCAUAUAAAAGGAGGACGUUGUUGAUUGACAUUUUCAAACAAGCAACACGUGAUAAGAGCGAAAUCAAAGAGGAUGUUGACAUAGCUGACAAGUUGCAAAAGACUCUAAAAGGUAGGAGAUACCUCAUUGUAUUAGAUGAUAUAUGGGAUAUCGAUGCAUGGGAAGAUUUGGGGUUAUGUUUCCCGAAGGGUGAAGAUGGAAGUAGAGUAAUGGUGACAACUCGAAUUGAAGAGGUGGCUAAGCAUCUUCAGCACAACGGUGAUCCUUAUUCUCUUAGAUUUCUUACAUUGAAAGAGAGUUGGGAAUUAUUGCAGAGGAAAGUAUUUCGAGGAGAGAGUUGUCCACCUGAUCUACUGGAAGCAGGGUUACAAGUGGCGGAACAUUGUAAGGGAUUGCCUCUUGUGAUUGUACUGAUUGCUGGAAUUAUUGCGAAAAUGGAAAGGAAGGCGCCCUUGUGGCUGGAGGUUGCAAAUGACCUAAGUUCCCUUGCGUUAGGAGAGCAAGGUAUGCAGGUAAUACAAUCGAGUUAUGACCAUUUAGAAAACCACUUAAAGCCUUGUCUUCUUUACAUGGCAUUGUAUCCAGAAGACUAUAAGAUUCCAGUGUCUGACUUGCUAAAGUUAUGGAUGGCUGAAGAGUUUAUAGAGAAUAUUGACACAGAGAAUCUAGAGGAAACAUCUAGAAUUUUCUUGAAUGAUCUACUUAAGAGAAGCCUAGUGAUGGUCUCUGGCCGACAGCGAAUUAAUGGUGCCAUAGAAUACUGCUCACUUCAUGAUUUAGUGCGUGAGUUUUGUUUGAAAAGACUUGCAGAAGAAAAGUACUUUAUGCAGCUCGCAGUGCCACACAGUUCAAACCAACAAUCGUAUUCCAAGGAAUCACGGUUAUGCAUUUAUAUUCAUGAUGAACUUGUUAAACAAUUAGAUCAUUAUGAAUAUCGGUUGGAUAAGAUUCCAAUGUUCGAGUCCAAGCAGUUAGAUUAUUAUGAGUAUCAGCUGGACAACAUUCCAUUGGUCAAGUCCAAGGAAACAAAGCGUUUUGGUCAAUUUUCAGAGUUUUUUCAGUUCAUUGCUCAUCCAAAAUCCAACAUAUGGAACCCAGCAGAUUCUUUGCAUUCACUUGUUAAAUUAAGAUUUGUUCAGGCAUUGCAAUUGAAUGGAAGGGAAUUGCCAAGUUCUUGGGUUAAGGCAGUACAAUCACUAACUCACUUGAGGUACCUUGCAAUUUGUGUUGAAAAAUUUGAUUUCAAGUGGGUAUCACACCUACGCUAUCUCCAAACUCUAGUGGUAGAUUAUUCAAGAUAUCCAUUCAGGACAUCGACUGCUGCAUUCUGGAAAAUGACAAAGCUAAGGCAUGUGAAGAUAAACUCAUUUAUGUUUACAGGCGAUUGGGAUGCUAAAACUGGUCGACCAAUUUUAGAAGAACCUUCAGAAAGUACGCUCUUGAAGACAUUGUGCACUUGUCGUGUUGCUGUGAGCAAUGCGGCUCAGAAGGUCUGGUGGAGGUGUCCGAAUCUUGAAGAACUCAGCCUCGAUAUUAUAAGUGUACCUAGUUGUUCUUUGUUUCCGAUACCAGAACUUCAUACUCGGCUUCAAUCUCUUAAACUAGAUGCCGAACUCUCAUAUGAAGAAAAAUAUUCAGUCGAAUGGUCCAGCUACGUUGUCUUCCCUUCAAAUCUUAGGGAGUUGUGCAUUCGCAACAUGUUUCUAACGGAAGAAAUAGUUUCAAAUAUUGCAAGACUGCAGAAUCUUGAGAGUCUCGAAGUAUAUAGAGGAUAUCUUGUGGCGAAAGAUCAGACUUUAGACGUCAGAUAUGUCGAGUUCCCUGCACUCAAAUUCUUGAAAUUAUUUGUGCUCUUUAUGGAAGAAUGGAAAGCUUUAGAGGAAUCCUUUCCCGUGCUUCAGAAGCUAGUCAUAAAAGGUUGUUACUCCCUCGAGGCGAUCCCGCCUAGCUUUGCCAAUAUUCCAACACUCCAACUUAUUGAAGUGGAAAACUGCAUGGACUCUGUUGGGGAUUCAGCUAGGAAUAUUAAAAGAGAAAUAGAAGAAAACACAGGCUGUGACACUCUCCAACUUCUUAUAUCAUAGGACUACUAAAGCUGACUCCGACAUAUCCAUUUCCUCGGGUCUGCGACCUUCUCAACAGAGGAGACAAAGUAGCUCAACCAUUCUUAUAUUUUGUUCUGCGCCAUAGCUGAGCAUUUGUUAAAGGGAUUCUUCUGAUUUGUGGAUGGCUUCUUCCUGAACUAAUUAUUUCCAGCUCAGAAUGCAAUUAAGCCAACUAUGAACUAAUGUAUGUAUGUUUCUUCAAUCUUAUAAUGUUGUUAUAAGGAUA